AUGGCUUCACGCUCACAACAUAUAAUAGAUACAUGGCUAGCUGAGCUCCAGGCUCAAGAAGCCAAAAGCAUUGCGGAUUAUCCUAGCUACUAUGUUGCAAGUCCAGAAGAACUUGUCACCACGUCUCGGCCGGCAACAUUUAGCAUUGGAACUGGAGCACGAAUCCUGUCGAGCGUAUUUCCAGCGUGUCUUGAAGCAGAGCAUGAACUCAUCAUUGUCACUUGUUUCUGGGCGAAAUCUGCCUCACAGCAACAAUUGGCAGACCUAUUGCAAGAGCUAUCCGCUAAAGCCAUAGCGAGGAAACGAAAAAUCCAAGUUCGACUGUGUUUUUCCUCAAGCUCAAUAUGGCAGAAAUUGACGCAAACAUCGAGCUUAGAUGGGCAAUUUUAUCCUCCGUCGUCAUGGGAAGGUCUAGGGCUCCCAUCGCCAGCAGCAAUCCCAGGCAUUGAGAUGCUUGUUAAAAGUGUCUUCGUCAGGCCCUUUAGCGUAAUGCACCCAAAGUUCAUUUUGGUGGACAGGAAACUCGCGUUUAUGCCAAGCUGUAAUGUCAGCUGGGAAGAUUGGUUUGAGGGCUGUGUCGAAAUGAGAGGCGAGAUAUGUGGAAAGCUAUUUGGAUUUUGGGAAGCUUUUUGGAGUCGAGGAAGUCCUACUUUACCACAGUUUCGUGAUGAAAACGAGGAGAUUGAUGUUGGUGAAGAGACCAUCACAAGUAAUACCAACUCAGUAAAGGCCUUGCUUGGUCACUCAAAAAUAUCCCAUUCGACACCCAUCACAACCAUCCUGCUCCCAUCACCACACCACCAAAACCCUCGAUUCAAACCUCAUUCAAGCACAACCCCACCCGUCCCGCCAACACCCCUCAACAUAUUCCUCCUACAUAUCCUCAACUCCGCCCAAAAAGACAUAUAUCUCCAAACCCCCAAUCUAACCGCAAAACCCGUCAUCUACGCCUUACUCUCGGCUCUCGAACGCGGAAUCAACAUAGAGCUCGUCACAAGCAGCAUCCUCAUGAUCUUCGAGCAGCUAGGCACAGCAGGCACCAUCACCGAGUUCGAAAUCUGGAAGCUCCGCCGUCGCUACCUAAAACUAUGUCAGAGCUACGAAGCCAAGUCACAUACAGACCCCGAACUCCAAACUCCCAGGCCAGGAACGUUGAAAAUAGGAUACUACAACCCUCGACCUCAUACAGCAGGGAAUUUGGGGUACGAUGAGCCCGCCAAAUCCCACCUCAAGCUGACCAUCGUGGACGACGAGAUUGUGGUUUUGGGAAGCGGAAAUAUGGACCGCGCUAGUUUCUAUACCAGCCAGGAACUUGGUAUAGCCUUUUUCUCCAAGGACCUAGCUACGGUAGUCAAGUCUACUACGGUAGAGGCGCUGCAGGGGAGAGGAGUCGGGUUCUUCUUCGAGAUUGAUUCAGCUUCAGUGGUUAGAUACGAAUUGCAGCCUCUUUCAAGCUCUUCGUUCUUUGUCCCUCCUGUAAAAGUACGCUGCAUUCGUGACCUUCCGACACGUCAUAACACUCGCUACAAUACACCCUCGUUUGAGAACCGCCGCGGUCUUCCAGAAGGUCGAUACACAUUUUUUAGGAGCCCUGAUUUCACAAGGUACAACAUGGGCAAUCCAUUCAAGAGGCCUAGCAAAGAAUUGGUGCGGCCAGCGCCAGUCGCUAGCACACAAGAUACCAGGUCAAUGAAUCGUACUUUGGGUCCCACGAGAAUCGGGAAGAAGACCGGAGAGCGGCAUGGUCCUCUGACCAAGUUUGAAGUAUUUGGACGCUUACCUCCAGAGAUACGAGUGAAAAUCUGGAAAGAAGCCUGCCAUGCACCGCGAGCAGUAGAAAUCAUGCGCCGCGAGGAGGACAGCGAGGGAAGCAAGUUCCCACAUCGAAAUCUUCCACCAGCAGUCCUCGAGGUCAAUAGGGAGGCUCGCAAUGAGGGAUUGAGGCUCUACAAUACCUUUUUCAGUUCCGCGGUUUAUCCCGCCUAUAAAUCAUAUAUCAACUGGAAUGUUGAUUAUUUGUUCCUCCAGAAGGAACCAAAUGAGGACUGCCAAGCGGAACUCAUUCCUGCGCGUGGUUAUUUCGAUCACAUGGCAGUCAAGAAGUGUCCUCGUAUCGCCAUAUUGGCGUCGGAUACUUUUUGGUUUCUGACAUGGUUUUUGGAUGCAAAGGAUGAACGUGGAAACGCCCCCGAAGAGCUUGUAGAGUUUCGUCAGAGGCUGCAAACUCUGAUGAUCAUCGAGAACGGAAACCCUGCUUACUACAAAGGGGAGGGUAUCAAGUAUAUGGGGCUCCGUGACCAGGGCGACAUCGACGAGACAGAUAGUCGAAAUGUGGUAUCCGACUUCCACCUGUUGAGGACGCUAUCUUUUGAGGAAAUCGUCGAACUUGUGCCGAACUUAGUCGACAACAUUCGGAAGCAUCUUUCCAAUGUUGAGGUGAAGAUGGGUCGGGUGGAAUGGCAGAGCGAGGAUCCAUCCUGA